GAGAUCGACAACACGAACCCGAGAGGAAGAGAAAAAAAAAAGGUCCCCACGUCGCCAAUGCGUGCACUCCCGCCAAGCCUCACCCGUCACCUCCAUGACUGGGAAUCGACUAGCCCGCCCCAUGGCUGCGCCAUCGGAACAUGACGGGCAGUGGGCCUGCCCGCAGCAGCACCUUGAGCGUCAAUCCCAGAGGUAUCGUCGCCGAGGCCACCGCCUCUCGUCUUCACCUUCUUCCUCACCUGCAUCAUCCGCUCACGCUGCUUCGUCUCUCGUCCCUCUCGGCAUCACACACAGAUCCGCUUCAUCGCCGCCCGCACCAUCGUCAAUCCGCUAUAAGAGAGGCGCGCACCCGCCCGAGUCCGCCCCCCGCUGCCCACCAUGAUCUGCCUCAACAAGGCCGACGAGGGCACCUUCAGGCACCUCUCCUUCAACCAGAGCCCCCCCGCCCUGGCCCCGGGUCACACCACCCGCCAGGACCUCAACGGCAUCGCCAACCUGCGCGAGUUUGUCGCCGCCGGACAGGACGCCGACGGCGGCGGUAGCAGCGCCUCGUCCAUGGGCGCCACGGGCGAUAGAGGCGGCCCAGACGUGUGGCAUCACGAGCCCUGGCCCGUCGCCACGGCUCUGGAUGCGAGACGACGGCCCUGGCUGUUCUCGCGUCUCAAGGCGGCCGUUGGUGGUGAAGACCAGCCUCGCCUCCAGGUGCUGUCCUCGGGUCGCCUCGAGCGCCUUUGGAGUUGGAUCGCCUGGAUCCUUUCUGUCCUCUUCUCUGCGUAUCUGCUUUCCUCCCUGCCUCCGCUUCUGAGCUCCCGCCAUGCAUCUCCCACCGUCCAUACUAUAUCGGCCAACGCCGCAGCUGCCAGCCCUCCCGCACUCCUUCGCAAGCGCUCGACGUGCGCGACUGGCGGCGUCGACCCGGCCGCGUACAACUUGCCGCUUCACGCGGGUGCCAUUGCCAUCAUCCUCUUUGUCUCGACCCUCGGCUGCGCCUUUCCUAUCAUGGCCACCAAGUUCCCGGGGCUCCGCAUCCCGCGACGCUUCUUCUUUGCCAUCCGCCACUUUGGCACCGGCGUCCUCAUCGCCACCGCCUUUGUCCAUCUGCUGCCCACGGCAUUCGAAUCCUUGGGCAAUAAGUGCCUCAGCGAGUUCUGGACGGAGAAAUACCAGCCCAUGCCGGGAGCUAUAGCUCUGGCCGCCAUCUUUCUCAUCACCGUCAUCGAGAUGAUCUUUCACCCCUCCCGCCACGUACCGCCGCCUCAGAUUGUCUCGGGUGACCAGGCCAGCGGACAGGUCCGCGAAGAGGCCAAGAGCGGGCACCUCUGCUCCAACACGGCCCUGAUGCCUUUCCGGGACAUGGGCCCCUUCCGCGGCCGCUCCAGUAGCAUUGGCCAGGGCCUGUCGCAGCUGGACCAGAUCCAUCAACAGGCCGAACGCGACGAUGGCGUACCGGUGUCCAAGCAAGAGGGCAGCACAGCCAUUCAGGACAGCGGCACCGAGUCGCUGUCGGAGGUGCAGCUGUCGCCCGAGAUGAAACUCCGAAAGGAGCGUCUCCAGUGCGUGUUGCUCGAGAUGGGCAUCCUCUUCCACAGCGUCUUCAUUGGCAUGGCCCUGAGCGUCUCGGUCGGGACCGACUUCAUCGUCCUGCUCAUCGCCAUCAUCUUCCAUCAGACGUUCGAGGGCCUGGCGCUUGGCUCACGCAUUGCCACGGUGGCCUGGGGCAACAAGUGGGAGCCUUGGAUCAUGGCCCUCCUCUACGGAUGCACCACGCCGCUCGGCCAGGCGCUCGGCGUUGCGACGCACACGCUGUACAGCCCGGACUCGGAGGUGGGCCUGAUCGUCGUGGGCGUCAUGAAUGCCAUCUCGGCCGGCCUGCUCACCUUUGCGUCUCUGGUCGAGCUGCUGUCCGAGGACUUUUUGAGCGACGAGAGCUGGAGGUAUCUGCGCGGCAAGCAGCGCGUGGGUGCCUGCGUCCUCGUCUUUGCCGGCGCUUUUCUCAUGAGCCUCGUCGGGGCCUGGGCUUAAAAAGAGGCGUACAAGCAUACGCUGGCGUUGCCAACAAGUAAACCGAAAGGAGCGUUUCUUGGCAGCGCCGAUUACUAGCUGGGCGCCGCAUCUUGUGUGACGGGAUGCGGGCCCGGCGUAGGGCGUCGACCGGAUGGAGGUCACAUCGUCCACCUUGUUAUUCAUUCUGCACCGCGAGGGCGUGUCACCUGGCGCGACCUGUCACGGAUGGCUCAACGCCGCGCUGUUCUGCACGGUAGUGCCUUUUUGGCGACCUGCACGGCGUUUCUCAUACUCGGACAUGUACAACAUCUUUUCAACAAAGGUGCUUGGAUAUAAACACAUAGGAUAGCCUUGCAAACAAACAUGCAGCCGUUCAUUCGUAAUGCCACUCUACUCGUGACCUCGUCGACUUAUGAGACCGUGUUCUUGGCCACGACGCCCCGCGCAAACUCACCAAAGGUCAGGUGCUGUU